UCAAUCAGCGUUUCAUGUUGUUGUUGUUGUUCAGCGUCUGAAGACGGAAUCAUCACAAACGUCAACAUGGGCAAGAAGAGUAAAGUACUAGAACCCGAAAAUGGUGACGCCAGCAUUGUCGAAGGCGAAGUUUCGUACACCGACAAGCUGAAAUUCGUCAACAAAAUCGCGAAGCCGAUGGCGAGCAAAAAACUGACCAAGAAACUGCUGAAACUCGCAAAAAAAGCUUCAAAAGACAAGAAAGCCAACAUGGUGUUUGGACUGAAAGCAGUUCAGAGAGGCCUCAGGAAAGACGAGAGAGGAAUCGUGAUUUUGGCUGGAGAUGUGAAUCCAAUCGACAUCAUGUGCCACAUUCCUGGAGUGUGCGAGCAAAAGGGUCUGCCCUAUGUUUACGUUCCCUCUCGACAGGACCUUGGACAGAGCAUUGGAACCCUGAGGUCAAUUUUGCUGAUGCUGAUCAAGCCAAAACCAGACUACAAGGAACUGUAUGACGAGUGCCAAGAAACGAUAACGACCAUGCCAGAGCCGAUUUGGAUAGAAGACGGACUCAAGAUCAAACAGGAAAUCAAAGAGGAGCCUGAAUAAACACGGUACUGGCCUUGAAAAUUAUA